AGAGAGAGAGAGAGAGAGAGAGAGAGAGAGAGAGGGAGGGAAAAAGGCUUAAUUAAUUCAGGCUGGAUGGGAGGGAGGGAUGUUGCUGCCUCUACCAUGGCUCCAGUGCCUGUGCUGUGCCUCUCUGUGUAGCUGGAGCGGUACUGUGUUGCUGUAGCUGCUGUGAGAGGCUGCUCACUGCUCUGCCCACGGGGAAAGCGAGACCCAUGCCCCGGCCGGCUUGGAAAGGACUCCCUAUCAACCCAUACUGAAGAAAGCAUCACACACAGGGAUGGGCAGAGGGACUAAACAUCUGCGAGUAAUAUACCCGGAAGCGGUGAAUGGUGUGCACGCCUCCUGAGUUGGACUAGAAGUCUACUCUGAAUACCUCUUCUCCACCGGCAGCGUCUUGGAGCAGCCUCUGGGAUAAGUUCAGUUGCCCUGGGGGGUACGAACAAAGGAUCCAAUUCGGGAAAGCUGUAUUUCUGGUCGUAAUGCUGCUUGUGUCUGUGUAAACAGAGAGAGAGAGGCCAAGAGACCUGCAUCUGGCUGGACCGCCAUAUCACGUACUGAUCCACCAUCUCUGAUGUCUGCCACCACCUGCACUCACUGGGAAGGAUCUGGGAUGACGCCAUGACAGAUAUUAACCUCCUCAGCUCCACACAGGGAUAACCACACUAGAACCUCAUUCCACCUCAGAGGCACAUCCACCACCAUCCUCCCUCACGUCCAUCCCAGCUGGCACCAUGAUGGGAGACGGAGUCGGGAGCUGGGAGUGUCUGAGUCCGUCUGAGUUCGGUCAGCUGCAGCAGUAUAGCGAGUAUUCCACCAAGAAGCUGAAGGAUGUUCUGGGGGAGUUUCACGGUGAAGGAGUCCUCUCCAAGUACAAUCCUGAGCAGCCCAUAGACUACCAGGGUUUCCAGCUUUUCAUGGCCACCUACCUGGAGAACGACAUCCCUGAGGAGCUGUGUCAGCACCUAUUCACCUCCUUCAAGAGCAAGACAGGGGACUGCUCUCCUGAGAUGCCCCGAGCAGGAGUAGGACUCCUGGAGCCACGUUCCAUUGAUGCAGGCAUCUCUAUACAGACUGAAGUGGCCUGUGCCCCCAUAACAGGAAUGAAUGGAAAGAGCAUCCUGAAAGCCAUGGGUCGACCCACACCGGAGCCUUCCACUAUGAUGGCCUCAUGUUCAGGUGCCAUAUCCAUCUCUCCCUGCUCCUCCCGUUCCUCCUCACAGCGCUCUGGGAUGGGGCCCCACGCGCCUGGGGGGUCCUACCGCUCACCUGCCUGCACCCAGGUCAAACCCUCCACAUGCAGCAGUAGUAACACCCUGACCCCCACCCCAGCCAAGUCCCCAGCCUCCCCUCGCCUCUCCCCAGAGAGAAUCAGAGGGGAGAAGAGGAGGAGCCUGUCCCCAUUACCUUCCCCCCAGGUGGUGUUUCUGAAGGACAUUGUGUGUUACCUGUCCCUACUGGAGAGGGGCACACCAGAGGACAAGCUGGAGUUCAUGUUCCGGCUGUACGACACAGAUGGCAACGGAGUACUGGACAGCUCGGAACUGGACCGCAUCAUCAAUCAGAUGGUCCACGUGGCAGAGUACCUGGAAUGGGACUCGGCAGAGCUGCGACCGAUCCUGAAGGAGAUGAUGGAGGAGAUAGACUAUGACCAGGACGGAACAGUCACCCUGGAGGAGUGGAUCAGAGGAGGCCUCACCACCAUCCCUCUGCUGGUCCUGCUGGGCAUGGAGACGAAUGUUCAGGAUGAUGGUCAGCAUGUGUGGAAACUGAAGCACUUCAACAAGCCAGCCUACUGUAACUACUGCCACACCAUGCUGCUGGGAGUUCGCAAGCAGGGCCUCUGCUGCUCCAUAUGCAAGUACACAGUCCAUGAACGCUGUGUGUCCAAAGACAUUGCUGCCUGCAUCAGCACCUACGCCAAGUCCCGCAGACACACCAAUGUCAUGCAGCAUGUCUGGAUAGAGGGAAACUCUCCCACUAAGUGUGACCGCUGUCACAGAAGUAUCAAGUGCUACCAGGGCUUAACGGGCCUACACUGUGUGUGGUGUCAGAUCACUGACCGUCAUUCUGUUGUGAAGCGGGGUGAAGGGGACUCCCCGCCCAGCAGCAGCCCUGACAACAUAAGUCAGAGCUUGAAAUUCACAGGAGACGGACAAGCACUGCAGAUCACUCCUCUCCCGGGUACACAUCCCCUCCUGGUCCUGGUCAACCCAAAGAGUGGAGGGAGACAGGGGGAGCGGGUAUUGAGAAAGUUCCAGUACCUGCUGAACCCCAGGCAGGUGUACAGUCUCGACCGAGGGGGACCCAUGGUGGGGCUCAACUUCUUCCAUGAUGUCCCUAAUUUCCAGGUGCUGGCAUGUGGAGGGGACGGCACAGUGGGAUGGAUCUUAGACUGUAUUGACAAGGCCAACUUUGCAAAAGAUCCCCCUGUGGCUAUCCUCCCUCUGGGCACAGGGAACGACCUGGCAAGAUGUCUACGCUGGGGCGGAGGUUAUGAGGGAGGCAGCCUGCUGAAGUUCCUGCGGGACAUAGAACACAGCACAGAUAUGAUGCUGGACCGAUGGAACAUCGACAUUAUCCCUGUAGACAAGGAGGAGAAGGGAGACCCAGUCCCCAACAGCAUCGUCAACAACUACUUCUCCAUCGGAGUGGACGCCUCCAUUGCUCACCGCUUCCACUUGAUGAGAGAGAAGCACCCAGAGAAAUUCAACAGCAGAAUGAAGAACAAGUUGUGGUACUUUGAGUUUGGCACCACUGAGACCAUCUCUGCCACGUGCAAGAAACUCAAUGAGUGUAUCGAAGUCGAGUGUGACGGUAUCAUCCUGGACCUCAGCAGCACGUCAUUGGAAGGCAUCGCCGUCCUCAACAUACCCAGCAUGCACGGCGGCUCCAACCUGUGGGGAGAGACCAAGAAAAGGCGGAACUACAACCGCAUGAGCAGGAAGGUUCCGGAUAGGAUGCCCACCAGUACCAUCAUCGAUAUAAAGGAGCUCAAGUUCUGUGUUCAGGCCAGCGGCAAGAAGAAUGUCAGCUCUCUGUGGUGUCGCACGGGUGACGCUGUAACCCUCAAUGAGUUAUGA